CCUAAUCAACCCCCGAGCGCAAAUGGCGAAGUCGCUGCGAUCGAAGAGGAAGAAGAGGCUGAGGACGUUGAGGAGGGAGAUCUCGGAGCCUUUCUACGAGAAGAAGGAGGCGGCCAAGCUCGCCGCCCAGGAGGCCGCCCUCGCUGCCCCCAGGCUUCCUGUGAAAGCUCCCGUCGCUGCCGAUGAACCCGCGGCCGAAACAUCCGCCGCCAUGGAUAUGGAAAUGGCUGAUGGAGGAAGUGCUUCUCAUGAUCAGUGCAAAUCACAUCUGAAGCCGAUCGGUGGUAUAGGGAAGAAAAAAUUAAAGAAGAAACUAAAACUGAAAGGCAAGAAAAGAGGUAAAGGUAAAGGUAAAGGGAAGAUCAGGAACCGCAAGGUAUAACUAGGAAUUUUGCUUGAAAAGCUAGAGUCGAUUUGGGGUUUGCAACCCUUUGGCUAGGCUGUGUAAUGAACAAUAAUUGUAAGAUGUUUUUACCAUAAUUGUGUUUUCAUCGAUCAAAUUAGUGUCAUUACAUAUUUUUCUA